AUGUCCCGCCGCAGCCCCGUUUAUUCUAUCUGUUUCCCUCGAGUAGAUUGGACUUCACCGGGGGCGAUCUGUCACCCGCCUUUCACCGCAAGAGACUUCGGCAAAGAAGUCUGUUGGGCAGCACGCGCCGCCAGUCGCGCGUGGGCGGAUGGGACAGCUCUCAGAUUGAAUCAGGAUGAUCAAGCGGUCGCCUUUCGACUCGCCGUCCUUGACAAAGUGCUUGAGUGGAAUCUUCAGGAUCUGAUUGCCCGCAUUCGCACGACUCCUAGGCCUUCGCGCACCUUUGAGGAGUGGUCUGAAAGCACGGAUCAGUACAUCAGGAAAGCAUACAGUCUUGCCGUACCCGCCGCAGCUGAGAAGGGUAUCACUGUUCUGCCUCUGGAAGCGAUCCUUCCUUUUCUCCGCCACGCGAUGCGGGAAUGCUUGACGUACCACGACGCCGACUACGGAGGAGAACUUGCAGGCGAACCGCAGCUGAAUGAGUCUACGUUGGUACCGUUCACGAGCAAGAUGACGGGUUUCACGGUCUACCGCUGCGUAGACCUGCACGAUCCCCACUUUGCCCGCUCGAAGCUGGUCGUCAAGCAUUACCCUGGCCAGCCUCCCAUUGGCCCUUUACCUCUCCCGCCAAAACUCGAGGAAGCGGAGGUGAUAAUUUGUGAGCCGGCAACAUCGGCGUCGGCAACAUCGGCGCCGCAUGCGUCGUUGACGCCUAAGGCGGCGCGGACGCGCGAUUCGUCACCGACACCGACACCAACACCGAAGGCGGCCGCCCGGGUGCUGCAUGGCUCGCCGACACCGAAGGCGGCGCCCAAGCCUUCACACCGGUUGCCCACGCUCCUUCCAAAGUCCUUGCCCACUCCCGAGUACCCAUCCUCAUUUCCACGGACAGACUGGAAACUGCUUGGCGCCAUAGGACUCCCGCCUUUCACCGCCGCCGAGCUCGGCCGGGAAGUCCGCUGGGCAGCGCGCGCUGCCAGUCGCGCGUGGGCGGAUGGCACAAUCGUCGACUUGGACCCGGUCUACCAAGGGCUUGCAUUCCGGCUCAGCGUACUUGACAAGGUUUUCGAAUGGAACUUGAUGGAUUUGUUGGCUCGCGCGAACGCCUUCCCGACGCCACCCCGCACGUUCGCCGAAUGGUCGGAUGCGAUAGAGAAGCAUAUCAUAUCAGCUUACAGUCUCGCCGUGCCUGCUGCAGCCAUCGCCGGCCUUCCCGCUCCGUCACUGGAGUCGAUCUAUCCGUUCCUUCGCGCGGCGACCCGGCAGUGCUUCUCAUGCUAUGACGCCGACGACUGGGAAGGUCGGAAGGGCGAGCGCCGGUUGACCGAGGCCGAGUUGCAGCCUUUCACAAGCAAGAUGACGGGCUUCACGGUGCACGGCAUUGUGCCCCUGUAUGACAGCCCCUACGUUCGCUCCAGGGUGGUCGUCAAGCAUCAUCCCGGCCAUCCCCCCAUCGGUCCACUGCCUCUCCCGCCAACAGCCGAGGGGGAGGAGGUGGUGUUCUACCAGUUCCCGGCGCCGGAGGGGCUUCCAAUGCAGACGCCCGAGGCGGUGUCCCCGACAGGGCAGUCGUCGUCUGCCCCGAAGGCGUCGACCUAG